CGCUGCAGCGCGUGGUUUCUGGACCGAACAAGGUAGAUCGAGAGAAAACGACAGCAGCAGCCAGCAGCCGAAGGCAGCAGUGGGAGACGACCACAACAAAGACCAUCCGCGCCGUGCAGCCAAGCCACCCCACCAGACCAAACCAAUCCAAACCCCGAAGCCAAGUCCGCCAACUCCGCCCCCGAGCUCCCCGAGGCGAAAGCGGCCCGCGGGCGCGCCGCGGCGAGGCGGCGGCCAUGUCGGUGUCGUGCGGGCUGGAGUGCGUGCUGUGCGUGGGGUGCGUGCGGUGGGCGUGGAAGCGGCUCACUUACAUCGGCGCCUACGACAGCGAGACCUGGCCGCCCGCCGCUCCCGACGACUUCGAGCCCGUCCCGCGCAUCUGCCGCAUCAUCAUCGCCAUCUCCGAUCCGGACCUCUCCAACCCCAAGCUCGCGCCGCCCGGCCGCGGGUACGCCGACAUCGACCCCGACGGCUUCGUCAGGCGCACCACCUACGCCGACGUCGGCAACACCUGCCCGCCCUACGUCGUCUAUGCCGACAAGCGCCGCAAGGAGGUCGUCCUCGCCGUCCGCGGCCUCAACCUCGUCCGCAACGCCGACUACAAGGUCUUGAUGGACGACAAGCUCGGGAAGCAGAUGUUCGACGGCGGGUAUGUGCAUCACGGGCUGCUGAAGGCGGCCCAGUUCAUACUGGAGAGGGAGACGGAGACGCUGCGGGAGCUGCUGCGGCAGCAAGGGCCCGACUGCAAGCUCCUGUUCGCGGGGCACUCGCUGGGCUCCGGCAUCGCGGCGCUCAUGACGGUGCUGGUGGUCAACAACCGGAGGGAGUUUGGCAACAUACCCAGGAGCCACAUACGGUGCUACGCCCUCGCGCCCGCCCGGUGCAUGUCGCUCAACCUCGCUGUCAAGUACGCCGAUGUGAUCUACUCCGUCGUGCUGCAGGAUGAUUUUUUGCCAAGAACGCCAACACCAUUGCAAUACAUUUUUGGGUCUAUAUUCUGCUUGCCCUGCUUGAUAUUCCUCGUUUGCUUGAGAGAUACAUUUAAACAAGACAAGAAAAAGUUUAAAGAUCCUAGAAGAUUGUAUGCUCCGGGUCGAAUGUAUCAUAUUGUCGAGAGGAAAUUUUGCAGAUGUGGAAGAUUCCCGCCUGAAGUGAGAACUGCUAUUCCAGUGGAAGGACGAUUUGAGCAUAUUGUGUUAUCGUGUAGUACCACUUCUGAUCAUGCCAUUUUUUGGAUUGAGCGAGAAUCAGCUAAGGCUUUAGAGUUAAUGAAGGAAAAUGAGAAGGCAACAACUCCACCGGCGCAACAAAAGAUGGAGAGAUUGCAAAGUUUUGAGGAAGAACAUAAGAGUGCACUCCAGAGAGCGAAGACCUUGGAUGUUCCUCACGCAGUUGACAUUUCUGAAGAGGAAACCCAUGAGGGUGCACUACCAUCCGAUACUCACAGCGAGACGACAUCAGAACCAAAAUCUGCAGGAGGAACCAGUUGGGAUGAGCUGAUGGAUAAGCUUUUCAGCAGGGAUGAAGAUGGUAAGCUUAUUGUGAACAGGGACAUGGUAGCGAGAGACGUUGUUAUCGAGUAAUGCAAGAUCACGACUCUUUAUACUUUUCACGCUGUAAUCCAUCCGUAUCACUUGCUGUAUAAAAGAGUGGUGGUAAAUCAUGUUUUUUUACCUUCGUAAAUUUUCAUUUUGAGAGCAAGCAAUUUUGUGACAGAGAAAAAGCGGUUGUAAAUUUCCUGGUGCCGAGGGCUAUCUUGGUGUAUAUAUGGACUUUAUCUGUGCAUUCUUGAGUCUGGAAGGUUUGUAAUUCGUUUAAUACAGGUUUUGUAUAUCGUUGUUGGCUGGCAAAUUCAGAUUGAUUGUAUUAUAUUUGUUACCGUUA